AUGGAUGAACACUGUGCCAAUGAUAUAUAUUGCUAUAAGGUACCACGGACAGAUUCUGUCAGGACAUUAUUAUAUUGUCUUCUUUUUUUUAUUGAUAUUGUAAUAAUUGGUGGGAACCUUUUAGUCAUGGUUUCUAUUUCUCAUUUUAAACAGCUUCAUUCUCCAAACAAUUUUCUUGUUCUUUCACUGGCAACUGCAGAUCUUUUGGUGGGUGUUUGUGUUCUACCCUUCAGUGCUGUGAGGUCUGUUGACACCUGCUGGUAUAUGGGGGCUGCAUUUUGUAAGCUUCACGCCAGUGUGGAUUUCAUGCUUUGUACAGUUUCAAUUUUACAUUUAGGAUUCAUUGCCAUUGACCGCUAUUAUGCAGUAUGUGAUCCACUCUGUUAUACAACAAAAAUCAACUUCAGAGUGGUGGGUAUCUUUGUAGCUGUUGGGUGGAUAAUCUCAUUUAUGUACAGUUUUGGGCUAAUUUAUGAUCGUGCUUACUGUAGAGGUUAUGAAGAUUUGGAAGCCCAGUUGUCUUGUAAUGGUGAAAAAUGUAUUUUCUUAUUUAAUGAGACAUGGGCUUUAGUUAAUGCAUGUGCAUUUUUCAUACCUUGCUUUGCAAUAAUGAUUAUAUAUGGAAAGAUUUUCAAAGAAGCAAGUAGACAAGCAAGAAUGAUACAGAACAUGGAAAAUAAAAAGCAUAAUGUAGAAGAAAGCAAAAAUAAAAUCUCAAGAAACAGAGAAAGAAAAGCUGCAAAAACAUUAGGUAUUGUAAUGGGAGUGUUUCUUUUUUGUUGGCUGCCCUACUUUUUUAUGUGCUUGUAUGAUGCUCAUGGAAAAUUUUCAACAGCUCAGCCAGUGAUGGAAUUUGCUGGCUGGUUAGGUUAUACAAAUUCUGCUUUUAAUCCAAUGAUAUAUGCUUUUUUCUAUCCCUGGUUUAGAAAAGCUCUGAAAAUUAUUCUAACAUGUAGAAUAUUUAAUUCUAACUCUUCAACAUCCAGACUAUAUUCAGAAUGA